CCUGCACUACUUGCUGGUCCUGCGCACAGGGGGCUUGCGUUAUUACAGGAGGAGGAGGGGAGGCCGAGGGACGCACAUAAAUACUUACUACUUUAACGGUGUCUUUAUGUCGCUCCGGUGUGUUAUACAAACCGCCGAGUGACUCUCACUACAAGUUAUCGAGGUGUUAUCGAGGCGAUGUGUUGUUCGGGGUUGAGCCCCGUCGGAGGGCCUAUUUGUCUGAAACGCGGAGGGGUUUGUAUGGUGGCCGGGCCUGGCUGUUUAGCGGUGCUACGGUCCUGAAUGGAGGAAGUGUUUUCCUGCGGGGUAAACAGUGACAGCUAUAGGGCACACUCCCUCAGACACACAAAAACAACAUCGAAAAUGGAUUCAGACAGUAAACUGAUCGCCCAGCUACAUUCUGAACUCUACUUCCUAAUCGCCCGCUUUCUACAGUCUGGACCGUGCCAGAACGCAGCAGAGACGUUGAUCCGGGAGGUGGAGGAGAAGGAGCUACUACCUACACGACGGGACUGGACAGGGAAGGAGCACCCAGGGAGAUACGAAGAUUUGGUGAAGCUGUAUGGUCACAUCAGUCCGGACCACCUGCUGCAGGUGUGCCAGAGGGUGUGUCCUCUUCUGGAGAAGGAGGUUCCUGCCAGCGUCCCCGGGAUACACAGUCUGCUGGGGGCGGGGCGACAGAGCCUGCUACGCACCAAUAACAGCUGUAAGCAUGUGGUGUGGAAGGGUUUGGCCCUGGCAGCACUGCACUGUGGUAGGCCCCCUGAGCCGCCAGUCAUCUACGGGAGCCCGCCCAGCAUCGUGGAGACAGGUCACGGCCGUCGUCUGAUUGGUUCGUACCGACUGGGUCAGCUCCUCCCCACUGCGGUCUACUCACACAUGAAGAUGCACAAGAGGAUUCUGGGACAUCUGUCCUCUGUCUACUGUGUCACCUUCGACCGAACUGGACGGCGCGUCUUCACAGGUUCAGAUGACUGCCUGGUGAAGAUUUGGGGGACGGAUGAGGGCCGUCUACUGGCAACGCUGAGAGGACACGCUGCUGAGAUCUCUGACAUGGCCGUGAGCUAUGAGAACACCAUGCUAGCUGCAGGUAGCUGUGAUAAGACCAUCAGAGUAUGGUGUCUUCAGACCUGUGUUCCUCUAGCUGUACUGGAAGGCCACUCUGCAUCCAUCACCUCUCUACAGUUCUCUCCUCUGGUCAGCGGUUCUAAGCGGUUCCUCUCCUCCACCGGAGCCGACGGGACCAUCUGCUUCUGGCAGUGGGACGCACGCACUCUCAAGUUCGGUCAGGGGCCUGGUAAGUUCACGGAGCGGUCCAGACCUGGAGUCCAGAUGAUCUGCUCUUCCUUCAGCGCUGGGGGUAUGUUCCUAGCUACAGGGAGUACAGACCACAUCAUCAGAGUGUUCUACUUUGGUUCUGGACAACCACAGAAGAUCUCUGAGCUGGAGACACACGCUGAUAAAGUGGACAGCAUCCAGUUUUCAAACUGCAGUGACAGGUUUGUGAGUGGCAGCAGGGAUGGUACAGCUCGUAUCUGGCAGCUCCAUCAGCAGGAGUGGAGGAGCAUUCUACUGGACAUGCAGGCCAAGUUACCAGGGAAGUACAAUCCCCCUCCGCUGGAGGACAAGGUGACCAAGCUGAAGGUUACCAUGGUAGCCUGGGAUCGUCACGACAACACGGUCAUCACCGCCGCCAACAACCUGACGCUCAAAGUCUGGAACUCCACCACCGGAAACCUCAUCCACAUACUGAUGGGUCAUGAGGACGAGGUGUUUGUCCUGGAGCCACACCCCUUUGACCCCCGCAUCCUGUUCAGCGCCGGGCAUGAUGGGAACGCCAUUGUCUGGGACCUGGCCCGGGGGGUCAAGAUACGAUCCUACUUCAACAUGAUUGAAGGUCAAGGCCAUGGGGCGGUGUUUGACUGUAAGUGUAGUCCUGAUGGACAGCACUUCGCUGCUACAGACUCACAUGGUCACCUGCUCAUCUUCGGCUUCGGAUCCAGCAGCAAGUAUGACAAGAUAGCGGACCAGAUGUUCUUCCAUACUGACUACCGCCCGUUGAUCCGGGAUGUUAAUAACUACGUGCUGGACGAACAGACCCAGCAGGCACCACACCUCAUGCCCCCUCCCUUCCUGGUGGACGUAGACGGGAACCCCCACCCACCUCCAUACCAACGCCUCGUACCCGGACGGGAGAGCUGCAGAGACCAACAGCUCAUACCACAGAUGGGAGUCACCUCCUCAGGCCUGAACCAGGUGGUCAGUGAACAGGCUGUUGAAGGAGCCUCUCCUCUAGACAACAUGAUUCACAGACUUCAGCAGGAGCAGGACCAGAGACUGUCUACCGACACACACAACAGAGAGGUUCACUCCCCCCCCAAUGUGGGUCUGCGUCGCAGCGGUCAGAUCGAGGGGGUGAGACAGAUGCACAGCAACGCCCCCCGGAGCCAGAUGGCCACAGAGACAGACCUGGUAGCAUGGAGCAGGAGGGUCCUGGUCCCUGAGCUGGGGACCGCUGAGCUCAGGAAACAGCUGGACUGGAGGGAGGCUAAAGGAGAGGAGGAGAUCAGUGUCUACAGAUCAGAGAGGAGACGACACACUGCCCACCUUCACAGAGAGAGCAAGGUUUCCUCUCCAGACUGUGUAGGGGUGGAGGAGGGGAGGAGGAGUCAUGGUAACCAUGGCUACCAGACGCGUGCGGCUGUGGAGGAGACGAGUCGUCACAGCGCUGAGAUUGCUGAUGAUGACGACAACAACAGCAUCUCAGAGGGAGAGGUAGAUGUUCAUCCUAACCCUGUGAAUGGGAACUCUUCAGAGGAGGAGAAGGAGGAAGAGGAGAAGGAGAAGGAGCCCUGGCCUGAAGACCACAGCAGCUCCAGUGACUACUCCAGUGACUACUCUGACUGGACAGCAGAUGCAGGGAUCAACCUGGAACCACCGAAGAAAAGUGUGAAGGUGAAAAAGAAGAGCAGCAGCUCUGAGGAGGAUGGAGAGAAGAAGAGAGAGGGAAAAAGAGACAGGAAGAAAGACAAAGCAGACAAAGAUGGAGUGCUACCAAAGAAGAAGAAGCCAAAGGAGAGGAGGAAGAGGGUGGAGUUCCAGGAAGAGGGGCUAACUCUAGAGGAGUGGCUUCCGUCAGCCUGGAUCACAGACACAGUCCCUCGGAGAUGUCCUUAUAUACCACAGAUGGGAGACGAGGUGUACUACUUCCGUCAGGGCCAUGAGGCGUAUGUAGAGAUGACCAAACAGAACAAGAUCUACAGCAUCAACCCUAAGAAACAACCCUGGCACAAGAUGGAGCUAAGGGAGCAGGAGCUGGUGAAGAUAGUAGGGCUAAAAUAUGAGGUUGGCCUCCCCUCUCUCUGCUGCCUCAAACUGGCCUUCCUGGACCCUGAUACUGGCAAGCUGACUGGAGGCUCCUUCUCAAUGAAGUACCACGACAUGCCUGACGUGAUUGACUUCCUGGUUCUGCGGCAGCAGUUUGAUGAUGCGAGAGACCACCACUGGACCAUAGGUGACAGGUUCAGGUCGGUGAUAGACGAUGCCUGGUGGUUCGGGACCAUUGAGGACCAGGAGCCCUUCCAACCAGAGUACCCAGACAGCCUGUUCCAAUGCUACAACGUCUGCUGGGAUAACGGCGACACAGAGAAGAUGAGUCCUUGGGACAUGGAGCCUAUCCCCAACGAGGUAGUGUUUCCAGAGGAGCUGGGUCAGAGCGUUCCUCUGACGGAAGAGGAGCAGAGAGAGCUGCUGUAUGUUCCCCUGGAGGGGGAGUGGGGUGCCGCCACGAGGAACCACGAGUGUCAACGCAUCAUCAACGCCAUCGACCAGCUCACCACGCUCGAUGUAGCUGUACCGUUUGCCUUGCCAGUAGAUCUCCAGGCGUAUCCUUCCUACUGUACUGUAGUCGCCUACCUCACAGACCUCAGCACCAUACGGUCCAGGCUGGAGAACCGCUUCUACAGGCGUAUGUCAUCGUUGAUGUGGGAGGUACGUUAUAUUGAACACAACGCUCAAACCUUUAAUGAAACUGGAGCCUUCAUCGUUAAAACGGCCAAGUUCGUCUCUGACCUCAUGCUCAGCUUCAUCAAGGACCCCACUAUGACGGACAUUAUUCCUCUCUACAACACCAUGAAGAAGACUGCUUUCUCUGACACCGAGGAUGAGGAUGAUGAAGAUGAGGAUGAAGAUACGGACACUCCUGGAACGUCCACACGAAACAGGAAGGGUGGUGGUGUCGGUCUGCAGCAGCUGCAGCGUGGAGGUGGUGGUGUAAGGCGAGGCCGGCCCUUAGACCCCCAGGCCUGGCGGGGGCGCAGCAAGGAGCUGAUAGAUCUGCUCUUCCAGUGUGAAGACUCAGAACCCUUCAGACAACCUGUCGACCUGGAACAGUACCCCGACUAUCUGGACAUCGUGGACACCCCAAUGGACUUUGGGACGGUCCGGGGGAUGCUAAGAUCGGGGGAGUACGCCUCUCCUCUGGAGCUCUGCCAGGACGUGCGGCUUAUCUUCAGCAACUCUAAAGCUUACACACCCAGCAAGAAGUCCCGGAUCUACAGUAUGAGUCUGCGUCUGUCUGCGUUGUUUGAGGAACAUGUCAACUCCAUCCUGGCUGACUACAAAGCCAUCCAUGGACAGAAGGACAGAAAGACGAGACAUAGAGCAGACAGACAGACCAGACACGUGGCGGACAGACAAACCGACAGACAGACCAGACACGUGGUGGACAGACAAACCGACAGACAGACCAGACACGUGGUGGACAGACAAACCGACAGACAGACCAGACACGUGGUGGACAGACAAACUGACAGACAGACUAGACACGUGGUGGACAGACAAACCGACAGACAGACAAGACACGUGGCGGCCAGACAAACCGACAGACAGACAAGACACAUGGCGGAAAGACAAACCGACAGACAGACCAGACACAUGGCGGAAAGACAAACCGACAGACAGACCAGACAAGCUAUGAAGAGGAGGAGGAGUGACUCUCCCUCCAGCAGCGCUGCCUCAAGCCCAGAGAGGAAGAAGCGUGUGUCAUCGAGGGGUGUAUCCAGACUAGAUUCCUUGGCCCCACCCACGGCUGCAGCCCCACAGCGCCCUCCCUCCUUGAGACAGACCAUCCCCCUCCUCAAUGGGAAGGCAGAACAACAGACCCCCGGACGCACACGCAGCGCCAGGACACACACACCCUCCACAGCAGACAUGCACAGCACUGCAGCCUCCCCUCGUAGCCCCUCCCCUCAGGCUACUGUCCACCUGAAUGGCCACAGUAGUCAGGAGCCAGUGGGCGUGUCUGCAGGUCGGAGGGGACGGAGACCCAGAGCAGUGACCCCUGAACCCAGUCCUAACCCCGCCCCCAAGGGUCGCCCUCCCGGCAGGAAGAGAGGAAGGAAGUCCAAACAAGAACUAGAGGCCAUGAGGAGGAGGGGCCUCCGGCGAAGCUCCACCCCAGAGGACAAGCUCAACCAAUCCACAGGCGACGAGGGCGGGACUUCCUCCGCCCAGGAAGCGUCUGUGCUGUCGGGGGCCGGACUUCCAGGAACGCCGCGGCGCCGCGGUAGGCCAAGACUGGUCAGGACAGAGAUAGCCCCUCCCCCUUCUAGCCCCGACCCCUCCCCUUCCCCUUUGAGGAGGAGCAGCCGGCGAAUCAACGACGAGAUGACUCCCCCUGCCCAGUCUCUGCAACAAUCACAGCGCGUGAGGGAAUCGCCACAGGACGAGAACGACGAUGAAGAGGAGGAGGCGGAACAGGAAGGGGAGGGGUCAGCGGGAUCGAUGCGUACGCGUAACCGGGGGCGACGGACGGCGUACUACACGGAGGAGGACUCAGAGGAGGAGGAGCAGAGACAACUCCUGGUUGAAGACUCCUCCCUCACCUUUGGUACUUCCUCAAAGGGGCGUGUCCGCAAGCUCACAGACAAGGCCAAGGCCAACCUCAUCGGCUGGUAACCGCGACAACCAACCGCUCCCCCGUUAUUAUGGGAUGGUUACCAUGACAACUGUUCCCUGGUAACCACGACAACCAUGCAUUUACUUUGGGCUGGUAACAAAGACAACCCCCCCACUUCCAGACCAGAGGAGAAGAUUGGUUGGUCUGACUACUUCCUGUUGUAGGGCAGGGUGCGGGUGAUGGUUGCUCCUGGCCUGUUCCCGUCCCUGUGUCCACACUCACCCCUCCUCGCCAUAGACCAGCCUGAAGCUCCUCUCUCAUUGGUCCUUGGACGACUAGUUUCCUGUGGGGUUUUGACUUUGGACCGUCUCCUGAACACACAACCACAUGACCAUGGACACACACACACAUACACACACGCUGUUAAAGCUUCCUGUGUUCUCUCUGACCGUCUCUCUGCCUAUUCUCUCUGGCUGUCUCUCUGACUGUUCUCUCUGACCGUUUCUCUGACCGUCUCUCUGACCGU